GCGCCAAGCACAAAGGAGCGGUGGUACCGAAGUCACAAACCGCAGCAAUGUACCACCUCUCGCCAACAGCUCAGUGGGAUCCGGCUUAUGAAGCGAUAUUGGAGCGCAUAGCCUGCCACAGACAUCAUAGGACCAGAAAUAGAAUGGAGUCAGCUCCGGGAGAUGAUCAAAUUUAAGCUAGAGCAGAAUAUCAUUGUUUUCCUUUCAGAUGCAGAACAACAUACAGAUGUCAGCCAAUGGUUCACCGAGGCUAGCUACUGGUAUUCCCGAUAGCUCCGGGAACUUGAGGCUCCCCCCCUUUCCGCCUCGUAAGCCGAAUGAAUUGAACCCUAUCGAAGCCCCAAAAGUACACAUGAACGAAGAAGAGGCCAAUGAAUUGAAAAAUCUCAUAUUUAAACAACUCCAUGAAUUUGACGAAAAUCCUCCAUUCACGAUUCAACGUGUUUGUGAACUUUGCGUGAAUCCGAAAAAACAGUACAAGGCCAUAGGCAAAUAUCUCCGUGCUGUAGAGAGGUCCCUCCUUGUCACAUCGACAUGGAAUUCCUUCCCGCCAGAGACGUCGCUGAAUGGUCUUUCUCUCGCAAGCACGUCAGCUAAUUUUUCCAUCCAAUCUGCGCCAUCCACACCCAUGUUCUCACCAAUCCCAUUCUUACACGGCGAUGCAAGGCGGUCAAAGUCGUGUAGUCCACCCCCUUCUCCCCUCACACUCGCUGCAAUGGAAGCAUCUAGCAAUAUAGAACCCCUGGGGGAAGCAUUAUCACAACGAGCAAUAGGACUGGUCGAUGAGCUUGAUGAUCCACGACCUGGUCACAUGAGCGAACACCCGACCGCAAUCACAGCGGUCACGACGUCCCGUCCUUUCAUCGAGAGCUUGGAGAGUAGAUUCGUGAGGAGUGAGGAGCAGGUCGAACAGGGUGAGACAGAGAUGGCAGUCGAUACAACUGGCGGCAAGGAAAUAGAAGGUAAAAGUCCUGGGAUGUAAGAU